UUUGACUGUUGGGGACCCGGAACAAAUACAAGCGGAUGGGUGCCCUGGAGCCAUGUCCUCAACACCUCUCAGGCACAGCCGUUCAUCUCCUAUAGCUUCAUUGAUGCUUGUCAGUGGCUUGGCCCCCUGCCUCAAGGGGCUGGGAACUUGACUCAUCAGCUGGGCUACAGGGUGAAGUUUGAUCAGGUUCCACCAGCCCCAACAUACCCUUACACUUGCUAUUUGG